UCGUACAGUGAUUCCAUGUGCAGAUUUAAUAUACUAUUUUUUUUAGGGCGUGUGCAUGUGAUUUAAAAACAUGGCACAAUAUAGAUUAUUGGGCGCAAUUGCGAGUUUGUCGCAUAUUAACAAAAAUGUUAUAGCACAAAACGUAUUGUACAAGUCAGUAAGAACAAUAAGUAAUCCAGCAAAUGCAAAACAUUUGAAAUACAAAGUUGUGGAUAAUGUAGCAGUCCUUACUUUAGAUUCUCCAGGGAUUAAGGUAAAUACCUUAAACCAAGAAGUAAUGGAUGAAAUUGUAGAUGUUUUAAAAAAUAUAGAACAUAAUUCUACUGUAAAUUCAGUAGUUUUAAUAAGUGGAAAACCAGGAUGUUUUAUUGCUGGUGCUGAUAUUACUAUGGUACAAAGUUUUAAAACGCCAGAAGAUGGCUAUAAAAUAUCUUCCAAUGGUCAGAAAAUUUUAGAGACAAUAGAAAAAAGCCAAAAGCCAAUUGUAGCUGCAAUUCAAGGUAGCUGCUUAGGAGGAGGUCUUGAGGUAGCCAUGGCAUGUCAUUAUCGGCUUGCUGUAAAUGAUCAAAAAACUAGUUUGGGUUUACCAGAAGUAAUGUUAGGUCUUUUACCUGGUGCAGGUGGUACACAAAGAUUACCUAGAUUAAUAUCACUUCCUAAUGCUUUAGAUAUGACUCUUACUGGAAAAAAUCUUAAAGCAAUCAAAGCUAAACAAGUUGGACUUGUGGAUAUUUUAGUAAAUCAUCUUGGUCCUGGUAUUGGAACACCACAAGAAAAUACUAUGAGGUAUUUAGAAGAAACUGCUAUUAAAGCUGCAAAAGAUCUUGCAAGUGGAACAUUAAAAGUAGUUCGAGGUCCUAAAACAUUGAUUGAUAAAAUUAUGAAUUUUGCUUUAUCUUAUGAGUUUGUGAAGAAUCAAGUAUUUACCAGGGCAAAAAAUGAAGUGAUAAAAAAGACUGGGGGGUUGUACCCUGCACCCUUAAAAAUUUUGGAUGUAAUACGUACUGGUAUAGAUAAGGGACAUAAAGCUGGUUAUGAAGCAGAGGCUAAAGCCUUUGGUGAAUUGGCAGUUACACCUCAAUGUAAAGGUCUUAUAAGUUUAUUUUUUGGACAAACAGCAUGUAAAAGAAAUCGUUUUGGAGCAUCCAAGAAUGCUAUUAAAAAAAUUGCUGUUGUUGGCGCUGGGCUUAUGGGAGCAGGCAUUGUUCAAGUGAGCAUAGAUAAAGAUUUUAAUGUAGUUAUGAAAGAUACAAAUGAGGCGGGUUUAUAUCGUGGUGUUAAUCAAGUGCAGAAAGGAAUGGAUACUGCAGUGAAAAGAAAGAAAUACUCUAAUGUUCAAAAAGACAAAUAUUUUUCUCAACUUGAGUCUACAUUAACUUAUGAUUCAUUUAAAAAUGCAGAUUUAGUCAUAGAAGCUGUAUUUGAAGAUAUUGCAAUUAAACAUAAAGUUAUAAAAGAAAUUGAGAAGAAUACACCAGACUAUUGCGUACUUGCGACAAAUACAUCAGCAAUUCCUAUUACUGAAAUCGCUGCUGGUAGUAGUCGUCCAGAUAAGGUGAUUGGAAUGCAUUAUUUUUCUCCAGUAGAUAAAAUGCAAUUAUUAGAAAUAAUAACACAUAAAGGUACAUCCACUGAAACUAUUAAAACUGCAGUUGAUGUAGGUUUAAAACAAGGGAAAAUAGUUAUUACUGUUGGAGAUGGUCCUGGAUUUUAUACAACUAGAAUUCUGUCUGCUAUGUUAUCUGAAGCCACCAGGUUAUUGCAGGAAGGUGUGGAUCCUAUAGAUUUAGAUAGUAUGUGUAAAAAGUUUGGCUUUCCUGUUGGAACAGCCACUUUAAUAGAUGAAGUUGGCAUUGAUGUUGGUGUUCAUAUAGCUAUACACCUUGGAAAAGUAUUAGGUGAACGUUUUAGAAGUGGAGAUGUAAAUAUAUUCAAUGAUAUGAUUCAAGCUGGUUUCUUAGGGAGAAAAUCUGGCAAGGGAAUAUAUGUGUAUGAAGAGAAUAUUAAAAACAGGAAUCUUAAUCUUGCAGCAUUAGACAUUUUGAAGAAAUACAAACUUGAACCAAAAGGAAGUACGUCUUUUGAAGAUCGUCAAUUCAGAUUGGUGUCUCGGUUUGUUAAUGAAGCAGUACUUUGUCUAGAAGAAAAUAUUUUGGCUAACCCGGUGGAAGGUGAUGUGGGCGCUGUUUUUGGAUUAGGAUUUCCUCCAUUUACUGGUGGGCCUUUCCGUUGGAUAGAUUCUUAUGGUGCUGAUAAAUUGGUGCAAAAAAUGGAAGAAUUUCAAAGUCACUAUGGUGAAGCAUUUAAACCAUGUCAAAUGCUAUAUGAUAUGGCAUCUGAACGAAGUAAAAAAUUUUAUAAAUAAGAAAACUAGUUGAUUUAUAAGAGGAGUGAAAUGUUAAAGUUUUGAAAGUACAUAUUUGAUAUUUUAAUAGUUUUAUAUUUACCUAAAAAAAGCAAGAAUAAUAUUUAGAAAUAUUAUAUUUUUUGAUAAAUAUCUAUAUUGGUGGUAGCCUUUAACUUUAAACUUUUUUCAACUAUCAAUGCAAAUUGCGUGUUUGUUAUAAGAUUUUUAUAUCGUACAUCCUUUAAAAUAGAAAUAUUUUCAUAAUCUAUAACAUUAAAAUAUAUUUUUACAGUUUCUCAAAGAUACGAAUAAAAUGUACAUAUAUGCUCUAUUUCCAAACAUAAAAUAUAUAGUUUUUGCUAUUUAUAGAAUUAUGUAGUUUAUUAAAAGAAAUUUUAAUAACAAGUUUCCACUAAAAAUGUAUAAAUCUUCAUUAUAUGAACUUAACAACGAAUGACUGAUAAUUACACACGAAUAAAUUUAUCGUCUAAUUACCAUUUUUUAUUUCCUAUGAAUUAUGAAAGAUGUAGGAGUGGAAUUCUUGUUCUUGAUGCAAUGUUUAGAAGAUAUUGCACUUUCAGAUAUAUGCUUGUUUAUGAGCAAAAAGGAUUGAAUCCCUAUUCAUGAUAUAUGUCAUGACGACUUCGACGAAAAUAAAUAAAUUUCUAUUGUAAGUUGAA